AUGGAAUACGACAAAUCCACCGGCCCAGCAGAACCAGAAUCACAAUCCUACGCCCACUCCACCACCACAACCUCAAGUAGCAAAGAUGGCAAACUUCGCAUCAACGGCCCAGCAGUCAACACCUCACCCCUAUCCCAACCCAUCACCUUCCCCUUCUCCGGCCUGACAGCCCCAAACCGCUUCCUCAAAGCCCCCAUGACCGAACGCCUCUGUCGCUGGAACACCGAAUCCGAACCUAUCUCAGCGCGCGGCUACCCAACAGAAGAAUACACGCACCUCUAUCGGCGCUGGGGCGAAGGCGGGAUCGGGAUCAUCGUAGCAGGAAAUCUGAUGCUUCGCUACGACGCCGUCGAGGCCUUUGGGAAUCCCAUCUUACAGGACGACCACGAUAAUCGAACCGCGGCUUUCAGGAAAGUGAGCGAGGUGGCGAAGAAACACGGCUCCCUUUUCAUCGCCCAGCUCUCGCAUCCAGGACGGCAAGGCGGUGCGGCUCUGAACCCGAAUCCCGUCAGCGCCAGUGAUGUCCAGCUCAAAAUCGAGUGGGCGGGAAACAAAUUUAACAAACCCCGUGCCCUCACCGUCCCGGAGAUCCACGAAGUAGUGCGACAAUGGGGUGAGACCGCCUAUCUCUGCUACAAAGCCGGAUUUGACGGAGUACAAGUCCAUUGCGCACACGGGUACCUCCUCGCCCAAUUCCUGAGCCUAACAACGAACAAACGAACAGACGAAUACGGCGGCAAGCUCGAAAACCGAAGCCGAAUUAUAUUCGAGAUCAUAACAGAGAUCAAACGACGUGUCCCUGACCCUAAAUUCAUGAUCUGUGUGAAAAUCAACUCCGUCGAAUUCCAGCCUGGAGGGCAAACACCAGAUGACUGCAAAAACCUCUGCCUCAAGCUCGAGGAAGCCGAAGUCGAUUUCGUGGAUCUUUCGGGUGGGACUUUCGAGGGACGUGCUUUCGAGCAUAAGAAGGAGAGUACCAAGAAACGGGAGAGCUACUUUAUUGAGUUCUCGGAGAUGAUACGACCACUUCUAAAGAAAACCAAAGUCUACGUCACUGGCGGCUUUCGCACAGCUUCCGGGAUGGUUGCUGCCAUCGAGACAGGAGCCUGCGACGGGGUAGGCAUCGGCCGACCUUUGGCCGCGGAACCAUAUCUAUGCAAGGAGAUUCUGGAGGGGAGGGUGCAUGGCGCGAUAGAGAAUUCUGUUCCCUUGCCGUUGAAUACGCAGAGUUCGGGGUCUCAAUUGCAUCAGGUUGGGAGGGGAGAGGAGGAGGUGAGUGAUUGGAGUGAGGAGAGGGAGGUGCGGCGGUGGGUGGAGGCGAACGAGAGGGAGACGGAGAGGAAGAUAUCGAUCUUGCCGAAGGUGGAUAGUUCGGGGUAUGCUGUUUUGAAGGCGGAGGCGGGGUUUGCGUAUUUGAGGGAUGGAGCUGUCGUUUAA